GGAGGCGGGAAGAGAGCGAGGCGGAAGCGGCCGCCAUGGAGCCGCUCGUGCAGCACCUGGAACGCUUCUCGGACGUGCUGGCCGUGGCCCGCGGGGCGCAGGCGCGCUCCUGGGAUGCCGUGACCGUGCGCAGGGCGCUGCAGUGGGCGCGCUACCUGCUGCACGUGUACCGACGCUUCGCGGGUCGCGCGGCCGCGCGGGCGGCGCUGGAGAGGCGGCUCGGGCCGUGGGCGGGGCCUCCGGGGCUGCGCAGCUUCGCGGCGCUGGAGUCGGGGGACGCGCGGCUCGCCCUGCGCCUGCUGAGCAACCGCGCGCUCGCGCCCGCCGCCGCCCGCGCGCUGCCGCGCCUGCUCUUCCCGGGCCCCGCGGCGGACGGCGAGGACGACGCGCCGCAGCCGCGCCUGCUGCUCCUGGCGCGCCGCGGGAGCGCGCUGCGCCUGCUGCUCCGCCUCGGCGGCGGGGACGCGCCCGCGGGCGCGCUGCUGCGCACGCACGCCGAGCUGCUGGGCGCGCGCCUGCGCGAGCUGGGCGGGGCCGGGGCCGCGGCGGCGCGGGGGCUCCUGGAGGCGCUGUGGGCGCGCGGGCCCCGCGGGCACGUGCUGGGCGUGCUGGGCGAGGCUCUGCUGCUGGGCCGCUGCAGCCACGGUGGAGACCUGGAGCCUGCGGGCGCCGCGGACUGUGCGGGAGGAGCAGAGGAGACGGAGACGCAGGGACUUUUGCUGCACUGGCUUCUCGGGAGCCCCGAGGCCUUGGCCGCCUUCUGCCGCCGGCUGCCCGCGGAUCGCCUGGCCUCCUUGGCCAGCUGCCACCCGGCGCUGUCUCGUGCCUACCUGGGCCUGCUGGCAUCCUGGGCCGCGCAGCUGCGCUAUGACCUGAGGGAGGGCUCCUGGGUCCCCACGCAGCCUGGGGACAUGCCCUGGGAAGAGCUGCGCCUCCGGCUGCAGAGACUGUGCCAGGCCCCACCACCCUUGCCGGAAGAGGUCCUGGAGACCCUGCGCGGCGGCAAAGCUCUGGAUGGAGAUUUCGAGGUUCCCGGGAUGAGCGUCUGGACCGACCUGCUGCUGGCCCUGCCUCGUGGUGCUUGACAAACUGAGUGUGGAGGGGACUCGUGGGACGAGGUUCUCAAGUCCUAGGCUGAGCAUCGGGACAGCAAGGGAAGAGCAAACACACUCCUCACCCACGCCUCCCGAUCCCUAGGCACAUUGUCCUGCUGCUACUUGACUGGACAGUUUUACAGAAUGUCAGUGUUCUCACCAACGCCCUGUACGACAUGCUCCCAAAACCUAAUUAUUUAGGGUUCUUUUGGGAAACACCUCAUGGUGAUGAGCAUUUAUUUAAAUGUGUGUCUACAGAUGGCUGCCUGGUUCAUGCUGGAAGGUGGUUUUGAGGUGCCCAUGAUUUUCAGUUAACAUUCAGCGUGUCAGUGCACUCAUCUCUUUCCUUGUUGGUAAAGAAGGGAGUCCUCAGGCUGCAGUUCCUUUGUAAGUGAACUUUCUUUCUCUAUCUUAAAGUGAUCCUUGGUUCAACAUCUGCAUCUCCAUGCUCCUGAUGUUCCUAAUCUCUCCUCUGACUGGUAGGACCUAUGCUAGAAGGUUUAUGCUACCCUUCAGCUGUUUACUGGCUGUCUUCAUGUCAGCUUGUGCUGCUGUGGAAACUGCUGUUCUGUCUCAUCAGUACGGAUAUUCUGCCCCUGUUUUUAUGUAAAUAUCUACCCAGCUUUGAGGAGGGAAAUUUCCAAGUUCCUCUGCAGUUACACUGGUUUGGGACACCUUGUGAAUAAGUAGAAAUAGGACCUACAUCAUAAUUUCCCUUUAAAUGGGCUGAUGUCAAUGUGUUGCAUUGAGUUACCUGGGACCAGGGCUGGAGAGGUUGAAGGGGUCAUUAUCCUAGCUACUAUGAGGGAAGAAAUAAUGCUUUUCUUUCUAUAUGCCUAUCUUUUUAUUCAAAUGAUUGUUUUGGAAUGUGGGUAUCUACCUAUGUUACAUCAACAAUGCCUGUGCCACUAAGUAGUGUUGGCAGAGCCUUGGUUAUUCAAGGUUUUGAUAUUUAAAUUUUUUAAAAAGAUUUAUUUAUUUAUUACAUAUACAGCAGAUUGAAUUGUAGAUGGCUGUGAGCCACUAUGUGGUUGCUGGGAAUUGAACCCAAGACCUCAGGAAGAGCAGUCAGUGCUCUUAACCUCUGAGCCAUCUCUCCAGCCCCUUGAUAUUUAAAUUUUAAAUAUCACUUGUUCAAAUUUUUACUUGGCUUCCUCCUUCUAAAAUCUACCUGGCAUAUGAUUCCAGGAUUAAUUUCUAGCAGUUUUUUAUAUUUACCUUUUAAUAUGUGUAUUUGUGUGUCUGUAUGUGGAUGUUUGCAUAUGAGUAUAGAUGUCCUUAGAGGUUAGAAGUGAGAUAGUUGUGAACUAUCCAAUGUGGGUCCUCUGUAAGAGCAGAAAAUGCUCUUACCACUGAGCAAUCAACCACUAAUUGUUUUUUAUAGUUUUCAUUGCAUUUCAGAGUCUGACGUCCCUUAAGAUGAGAUCAAACCUCUCUGUGUUGAUGGUACUCUGUUUCUUUGUGUGUUUUGAUAUUUUUUUUGUGUGUUUGAGUUUAUUUUCUUGGGUUUCACAUCUUGGUUGUCUCCUUGAUUGGAUCUGUAAUCAAGGCCUCUGGAGAGGUCUGAAAGGUGUUCUCUGGGAAGAUUAACUCAAGAAGACUCACAUACAUACCUAGUAUCCUUCCAACUGCCCAGGUAUAUGGAAAUCAGGAGGAAAAGCAAUGGCUUUUUGCUGCCUCCCUUGACCCUUGCUUGUAAGGGCAUAUACUCUGGAGAGCAUGCUCAGGGGGAGCAAGACCCCUUCUGACUUAUUUCUCCUUGAGCAGCCAGAACCUCUGGCCUGCAACUGAUACUCAUGAGUAUCUUAGCUGUGCUUGUACCAAAACCAUUUUAGAAGUGAUGUUAGUAGAAUAAGUCUGAACAAGAACCAAGUCCUAAUACAUGGUGACUUUCUCAGAUUUCAACCCAGCAGCCUUAAAUGUUUCCCAGAGUUGCUUUACUGCUUCAGAGUUGAAUCUAUGUUCAUUCAUGUCAUGAUUAUAUCUGAGGGUAGCCUGGGCUACAUAAUGCAUUCAGGACAGUCAGAGAUGAGUUUCAGACCAGUCUGAGCUGCUUAUGAAAUCCAGGCUAGCCGGGACCAUGGGUAAAAUCCCUGACCUCCCCUCAAAAAGGAUUUUGUUGUUGUGAAUGACUGAUGCAGUAAUGCCAAAGGCUCAAAAGUAGAACCAGGUUAUAAACAGAAUGACCCUUCUCCUACAAAUUAUGCAUAUAAGAUACACAUUAUUGACACAAGUUAAUUGAUGUAAACAGUCUAAGAAACAACCAUUGAUUUUUCUCGAGAUUUAAUUGGAAAUGAUCAAUUACUCUAUCAGAAGUGUGGCACCACCUCAUUUAUCAGAUGCUCAUUGCCCGAGUGGGCUAAGGGUGCCCUUUUGACUUAGGGAUGUUGUGGCCCUAAGGGAAGAAGCUAAAUCAUUACAGUGAUGGCUGGUUCCAGCUCUCUGGGAGCUUCAUUACUCUUCAGACUGCAGUUAGGUUUUAAGUUAAAAGGAGCUUACCGUAUCUAAAGCCCCACUAUGGUUGUGUCUUUACAUAGUGGGGCAUCUGAACCCCAGCCUGAGACAAGUUCUAUAUACAGUGACUAUCACGUCCAAAUUCCCCAAACUCCAAAUGGCAUUCUAAUAUCCAAAAAUGACUUCUUUUCAAAGAUGGGAACAAUUUCUCCAGUUCCUGAGGGAUGCUUGGCUUUACACUGAAAAUCCUCUAGCCUAGGUUGAACUCAUUUCUGAUAGAUGAAAUGCUUUUGAAGUUUAGGGAACUGGGGUUUCCUUUGGAUCUGAUUGUGAUCACAGGGUUAUGACAUGAAAACCAAAUUUUCAUCUUAUAUUUACGUAUGGUACAAGAGCUCUGUUAAGCUCUAAAUACCAUCUGUGGUAACCUCUAGAUCCUAAAGUUUCAUGUGAAAUUGGCUUCUACACAAUUUUACAAGUCAACUUGUUCCAAAGGCAAAUUUUUACCUGUGUUCAUCAUAGUAUUUUUGUUUGUUUGUUUGUUUGUUUGUUUGUCGAGACAGGGUUUCUCUGUAUUGUUUUGGAGGCUGUCCUAGAACUAGCUCUGGUAGACCAGGCUGGUCUCGAACUCACAGAGAUCUGCCUGCCUCUGCCUCCGGAGUGCUGGGAUUAAAGGCAUGAGCCACCAACACCCAGCCCAUCACAGUAUUCUUUAUGACCCUUUACUUCCACAUUCAAGUGACAAUGUUUUAUUCAUCUGGUACACACUCUGUCACUCUGUUGUAAUGUGCUAAAAAUUAUUUAAAUCCAAUGUCCAUAAUAAGCUAUUUUUGUGUUUUAAAGUGAUCUUGCUGGAUUGUUCAUGUUGACCUUGCUGGAUCUCAAGAUAUCUUGGCUCUGUCUCUCCACAGUGGUGGAGAUUACUGAUGUGUACUGCCAUGCCUUGCUUAUGAUUUACAUAUAUUUGUAUAAUGAAUGAAAUGUCUCAUUUUUAAAGACGAUAGAGAAAGCAGAGUGUAAAGAACAGUUUUAUUUUGGGAGAAUCCCGGGUUUAUCCAUCCUGCGCCUGCUCAAAGCCGUCAUGAAAUAUUCAUAACUGUGCUGAUCUUUUGACGUAAUAUCAAUAGCUUUGGUAAGAUAUUCUGGGCGAGGCUAUGCAUAUACUCAGAGUAUUGACACAGUGCCCUCAGGGACAUAAGCUUGUGUGCUGUUAGCUUUCAGUGAAUGUAGAUGUAACUGUGGAAGAAAAUGGCCACAGUUCUUUGCAAGUCUCAGACACAUUUGGUACCAGUCUUAAAACUGGCCUUACCAAUGUCCCCGGUCAGACUCUGCAGGACACCGAACAAAGACCAAGACAAGUGGAGGAAAGACGUUUAUAGGGAGAAGAUGUGCCUGUAGGAAUGGAAGGGAAGUGGGGGGUGUGUGGAAUCCACUGUGGGCACGUUUGAAAUUGUAAGAGAACAAAAGCUACCGAAAAUGAUAACGGAAUCUGUAUAACAACUGAGCUUUAGACAGUCUUUAAUAUAUUAGCAAUCAAGACCUUUAAAAGUAAAACCAUGAAGUUUAUUAGUUGUUUAUCAUUUUUUUCUGAAAGUAAAGAGAUCUUAUAAUGUGGAAUAUUUCUGGAAAAAGGAAGUUUUCGAUUUUCUAUUGUAAAAUCACAGAAAAUGCAAAACAUUGUUAACAGUGACUUAGACGACUCAGUGUUUUGCCUGAGCAGAGACGACAAUGAGCAGGCUAAGGGCUCAGGCAAAUGUGCAUUCAUCUUCUUCUGGUCUGUUCCCCAGUGAAUGCAAAAGCAUGGGUUUCUGACAGGGCCAGUUUGGAAUUGGUGUUGAAGCAAAAAAACGACAAGUGGCUAAUAAGCAAUUUACAACCAAUACAUGGCAUAGGCCACUGGUCAGCAGAUAAAUGUUGCAGAUAGGGUAGCUAUAGCAACCAAAACUCAUCUAGCCCAGCUACCAUGUUCUAAUUAUAGCCAGGAAGCCCUGAACCCCAUGUGCAGUGCAAAUUGGCCCCUGUAGAUUCAAAACGACUUCAUUGUUGUAACAGACAUUAGCCAAGGAAGAAUAUUUGAAGAAUUUAUAUUAUAGCUAGAUUUACUGUCUAGUUCUACAAAUGGAGUAUUACCAUGACUGCCACAGCCUUAUAAUUCAAAGACAUUUUUUCAAGAAUCUGUUUUCAUGUUAUAGGAACUAACGUGCAGAAAGAAGACAAAGGGGGGAGUAAUUUAAAAGCUUGUUAGAUGGCUUUAAAAACCAUUUUUUAAUCUAUAACACUGUUUCUGGAAAAGGGUGCACAGUCCUUUAAGCUUCCAUCUUAUUUGUCUGCUCUGUGUAGCUCUGGAGCAAUGUCACUCUUUAACAGAGCAACAGGAAUGCGGCUAUUCAAAACCUCCUUUUAAUUGUCUAGAGCGGGGCUUUUAAAAUGACACAUUCCGUUAGCAGUCCUCCGUCUGACAGUGCGUUAUAGCCUAGCCAGAGACACAACUUGAGACAUAUCCUUUCUUUUUGCCUUUAAAAACUCUAUGAUAUCUCCUUCUUUUCCAGGUUUCUCAUGAGAACUGUUGUUUGCUCUGUGCUUUCUUCCACAGGUAAAAAUGGCAAUUGUACUGCUUCCGCUUUCUCAAUGCUAGUGUUUUGGGGGAUGUAGCUCUAUAGAAUUUUGUCCUGUUUCGUUACAUUUCCAAGCCUGGGCCUGAGUUAAUCACUCAAAUCCUCAAAAUGCGGGCCCUCUGUUUCUUCCACGGUCACUUAUAGAGAGGGGUCUCCACUGAAGUAAGGUUCUCUGAUGAGUGCCUGUGUGAGAACAUGUGGACACAGCCUGCUCUGCUUGGAACUUGGAUGUGUACACUUCGCUGUAUUGAAAGAACCCUCACCCAGUAACCUCUGCCCGCAGCAAGUUGAGGGUGGAGGAUUGCCGCAAACUGGAAGCCAGACUGGGCUGAAGAGGGAGGCCAUAGGGAAAUAAUGCGCUUGCAAAGAAUUUUUCUCAUAGACUUCAUACCUUAAUAUAUAAAUAAAUACUCCUGUUGCUAUUGUUAGGUGCACUAAUUGACUUUUUGCACUAAUUUAUAGCUAUAAUUAAUAAAAGUCAAUUUCUUGUAUACUUAUUAUACUUUCGAGUCAUUUCUAGUCCUUAUGUCUUAUCCUGGGGAAAACUUAUUUUAGACAUAUUGCUACUGAGUACAGGUGGCUAAGAAAGACCAAGUGUGGAAUUUGAAAGCUUUUUUGGUCCAGAUUUCCAGAAGUGUAUGCCACCAGUCAAAUUCUUCACAUUUAGAUUUAGCUACAGCUUUUUUUUUUUUUUUUUUUUUUUUGUGAAAGCUGCAGACCCUCCAUCACUAUGAUUGACCACUAUGUGUGGUCAACACAGUGUUGAAUGUGAAUGUUGUCUACACAUAAUUUUGGCUGUAUCCUCAUGUUCUACAAAUCAGAGGAAGUGUGAACCACACAGACAUGCAAAGAUGUAGACCUUCUGCAGAUCAGAACACGUCCUGCCCACUUACCCUCCAAGCUCAAUGGUUGGAGAUGUCUACAUCAACAUGUAACUCUGUAUCAAAAAGACCUAAUUCAACCACUCCUGAAUUAAGUCCUAUUUCAGCCAGUCUAUAGCUUCUGUGUUUUAAUAUUCUGAACAUGAUGAGAAAUUAACAAGCACCCAGGACAAAUAAGUAUCACAUCAAGAUCUAUUCCUUCAUAAAAGUCAUUUUAACUUUUGAAUUAUUCUAACAGUGUAACAUACAAUUCUAACAGUGUAGUAUACAAUAAAUUACAUGAUUCCAAGUUGUUUAUUCCAUAAGUUAUCAAAAACAAUUUCAUUCACUCCGUAGAAAGCCGUGAACCACUGUUAUUCAUUUUAGCACUGAAUCUGUAAUUAGACCCAAAGUUACAUGUAUUCUAAGUGUUCCUUGUAUGCCAAGUGAACUUAUUAUUUGAUCCAUCACUUUUCAUACAAUUCUGUUUAGGAACUUGUAUGUUACUGUGUAGAUAAUGAAUGUGAUAUACAAAGGCCUUAAUCAAGUCAUUGUUUCUUCAACUCUUAAAUUAAGCAAAGGAAGCAACAUGCCCUGCUGUGAUAAAAGCCACAAGAGGUCCAAGCCUUUUGUUACACUUUGCUGUUUGUUCUGAUAUCACGUGUUUCUUUUCCAGAGUGUUGGAAAGCAAAUGAACUGUGAUAACAUACAAUACUUGUCAACAGUUUUAGUAAGGAAGAAGACUGGUCUUUCUAACUUUGAAAACACAAUUAAAAUUAUCUUCAAAAGAGAACUGACAAACUUUGAAGGCAUGUUUUCAAUCUAGAGUCCUCAAAAUACUGGCUGGAUCAUUAACCUCUCAACACCCCAUUUAAUUCAGAGUGUAAAUAGCAUGUGUAAUGACAAAAAUCAUGGGGUUGCAAAGAAAAUACUUCUUUAUUGAAUCUGAUUCUGUACCUGUUUUCAUAAGCUAUCAAAAUUAAGUUAUAAAAAUUAUCAAAACUAUGAAACUACCAAAACCAACAGAAAAGCCAUGUUGUCUUCAGCUACAAGCAACAUUGCUGUGGAGAGAUAGAUUCAAGUCAAAUUGGAUGCUUUGACUCCCAGCCACAUUGGUGACAUUGUACUGAUUGAUAGCGCCUGUGUGCAGAGGGGCAUGCUGGGCUCAGUGUUUGCUGACUGAUUCCAGCCAGCUCCGUCUAUGUGAAGGAGAGCAUGUGCCUGAACUGCACUGCACUUUCCACUUGGAACAUUGCUGUGGGGAUCACUCGGCGAACAAAACAGUCCCAGAAGGUGUGUGUAGCUACUCUAUUUGUUCAGCUGUAGUUCUGGCUUUGAGAGAGACAAUGGGGGUGUGUGUGACUAUCCACAUUUUUACCUGGCAUAUGGUUCCUGGUUGAAGAAAAGAAAAUCCCUCCUGCUGGUUUGGUCUGGUCCCAUGUUUAUGGCAUAUCGGAAUAGGCUCAGAUGGUAGAUCCAUACAAAGCAGUCAGUUGCAAAUAACUUAAAAAUGAUUGGCUUAUUAUUAGUUCCACAUUUUAUAUAAAACGCAUUGUAUAUGUCCUGUCAAAGUAUCACAUUUAGCAUGUAAAAUUGCAGAUUAUGGGUAUGCAUUCUUCCUUUUUAUUUUUAGUCUAAAAUGAAGCUGAAGAAGCAUUUUUAUAAUGGAAAUUCCAUGUGCACAAGCAGAGAUGGUUUCUAUUCCCGUUAACCCUGGCUUCUCAUACUUGAAAUACCUCCCCAGCAUUUCUGCAGCUGCAAAGCCCUCCUUAGCAUGUCUAACAGUGGAACCAGGCAAGGACUCUCAGACACUACAGGGAUAUCUCCUUCACAACUCAUAAGAAUCUCUAGAUUUUCAAAUUCAUAAACAACUUAAAUCCAUACAGAAAGCCAAAAUACUGAACUUGGUCUCACACAGCCAAGUCACCAGUCUGUGACCACUUCUCAUUACCCAGAAGUGCUCCAUUCUAGCAAACAGAUAAACAUAGUUUCAAAUACAAGAGAAAUUUUCUACUAUGAGUUCUUGCAUCCUUCCUUUUCAUCAGAUUGCGUUUUUUUAACUACAUAUAAAUUUAAGUUCAUCACUACUACCUAAUGUGUUACUUAUAAUGCUUACAUAACGUUCUAUAAUAUGAGACAUAGUUGUAUAUUAUGAUUCAGACUAAGAUGCAUAAAUACACAUAUCUUAUAUGAGCUCCAUGUACAUAACCUAUAUCACCUCUAUGACACUGAGCCUACUAGAUUUCCACUUUGUUGUCAUAAAGUGACACAUAGAUCUUUUCAAACCUUUUAAAAAUCUGUUUAUUUUUUAAUUGCCAAUCAGCUGGUAUACAUUUAUGACUGGGUGCAUGUAUACAUCGUGAAAAGAGCACGUGCAGUCUUCCACAUACUGAUUUCGGUGAUGAAAACACUGAAAGUCGCUGAUUAGUGAUCGAGUCAUCAGGGCUCCUGCUAGCUGUGGUCGGCUUAGAGGGUUUGAGCUCUGUUAUCUGUCUAUGGGAUGCUGUGCCACUUGAUACUGUCUCCAGUCUCCUCAUCUUCAGCACCUGUUAUCCAGCACUCUGCUGUCCCCAGGAAAUCAACCUUUCAUACUCCGUGUUAAACGAGUAUAAAACACCAUCGAGUACCAUACUGAUCUCUUGGAAAAGAAGUUCAGUCUUCUUAAGGGUCGGUUAAUAUUAGUUACAUAUGCAUACAUGGGCACCUACUUUCCAUUUUCAGUCUAUGCAUAUGUAUAUAUGAGCUGUUGUGUUUCACUAAUGUAAACCUUUAAUUAAUCUAAGCUUUUGUGUUUAGAGGGACAAAGGAGGUCUAGUCUUAUCAACAUCACUUGUAAAAUACCCCUCACUGGCUUGUGGUGUUCGCUUUGAGACAGGGUCUUAUGUAGCGCAGGCUGGUUUCGAACUCACUCUGUAGUGGGAAAUGGCGGUGACCUCCUGGUCUUCCUGCUUCUGGGAUUACAGGCCAAACAUGCACCGCCAGACCUGCUUGUGCUGUUCAUUCUUCAUCCUAACAUACUGGAAAUAAAUGUGUAGACUUUUUAUUCUGUUUAGUCUGUUAUUUUUUUUUAACUUUGUGUUUUUUUAAUGUAAAUUGAUCUCUGGUAAGAGAAGAUGUCUUGUAUAAUAUUUUUACUGAGAUGUUUUAAAGUAAUCUUCCAUGGUUUAUGACAUAAGUCUUACCCAUUUGGUUUUUGGGAUUUACAUCUAGGUGAUUUAUAACUUUUCUUAUCUGGGAAAAUUUUUUCUUUUUCAUUUCAAAGGGUUUUUUUUUAAUGAUUUCCUGUGGUAUUUAAUUUAUUCUUUAUCAUAAAUAAUUAGGUCUUUAACAUAUCUUGUUAAAUUGUUCUUAUGCAGUUUUGAGUUUUGGUGUGUUUGUAUAUUAAGCAAACCUAAAUGAAAGGCGGCCGCUCUUGUCAAUCAUUUUUUAUAAUAAACUUUUGCUGUAUGUAAAA